AUGUCGCAUCAAACCGCCUCGUCUUCUAAUGAAAGGACCUGCCCUCUGAGGGUUAAUGGAACCAGAUUGAUGGAGACGCUCCAUUCAACAUGUGAGUUUGGGAAGGCGCAUCCCUGGGGAGCACAUGAGACGGAGACGGGCAUGGCUCGUUUAGCCCUCAAUGACGAUGAUAAAAGAGUGAGGCACUGGUUGAUAGAGCAAGCAGAGGCCCUUAGUUGCAGAGUUACGGUCGAUCAGAUGGGCAACAUGUUCAUAAUCCGACCCGGGGUUGACAAUUCCAUCCCACCUAUCAUGAUGGGCUCUCAUCUUGAUACCCAGCCAACGGGCGGAAGAUAUGAUGGUAUUCUCGGCGUGAUUGCCGGUCUAGAGGUCCUGAGAACGCUACAUGACCAUGGAUAUCAAACUAAAGGCCCUAUGGGGUUGGUGAACUGGACCAAUGAAGAGGGCGCCCGCUUUCCUAUGGUGACCGUCUCCUCAGCGGUUUGGGCGGGGGAGAUCCCACUUGAAACCGCUUGGAACUGUAAGGAGGUAACACCAACUGCUGGUCAGGAGCCGCAAACUCUCAAGCAAGAGCUUGAACGGAUCGGGUUCCUCGGCGAAGUACCUGCUUCAUAUUCUGCACAGCCAAUGGCUGCCCAUUUUGAAAUUCACAUCGAACAAGGGCCUAUAUUGGAAGACGGAGGUCUCAAAGUUGGUGUUGUUACCGGUGCCCAGGCAUAUAACUGGUAUGAGAUCGAAGUCAAGGGUCGAGAUAGCCAUGCUGGAACGACUCCGCUCUCUGCGCGCAGAGAUGCACUUUUAGCUGCAUCCAAGAUGAUAGUAGAAUCAAACAAGGCAGCCAAGGAGUUUUCUGGUCUCGUCACCACGGGUAUCAUGCGUGCUGAGCCGGGCAGCGUCAACACCAUGGCACAUACUGUGCGGUUUACUCUAGAUGCGCGCCACCCAAGCGACGAGCAACUCUCCAAGAUGGUCUCGCGCUGCCGGGAGGUUUUCAAAAAGGUGGCCGAGGAGGACAGUGAGCGUGGUGUUGAAGUGAAGUGGACCACCCUCACAGAAAAUGUGGCAGUACAGUUCGAUAAGGGUUGCAUUGCCGCUAUCGAGGAGUCCGCCGACGAAGUUUGCGCUCGAUUUGAAGAAACAGCUAUUGGUCGAAAGCUAUGGACGCACUUGACAAGCGGUGCUGGUCAUGAUAGCUGUAACGCAAGCAAGAGAUGCCCAUCUGCUAUGGUCUUUGCGGUGACGCGAGAGGGAAUGAGCCACACUCCAGACGAAUACUGCAGCCCUGAAGAUUGCAUCGCUUCAGCAGACGUGUUACUUGGGGCGGUUGUGCGUUAUGACAAAGCACGAGACAAGUCAGAUCUGUAG